CGUCCGGGGAGCGGGAGGACACCCGGGACCUCAGGGAACCCACGCCUGCGCCCUUCAGGGUCGGUCCCCUCCCGCCCGGGUUGGAGCUGGGCUCCUGGUGGGGCUGCAGCCGGGUGGAAGAGGUGGGAUGCUGCUGCCUGGCGGUGCUGCAGUGGCGACCUUCAGGAGGAGGUCCUGGGCUGCGGCUGGGGCGCAGGGGCGGACAAGGGGGAGCAGAGUCAGGGGGUGGUUUGGAAGCACGGAGACAAAAGGGGGAAAGAGGGAGGGAGCCGAAAGCCAAAAGCCUAGGGUACCCGCUAUUCCCAGGCGGAAUCCCAUCCAAGUACUAACCAGGCCCGACCCUGCUGAGCUUCACGAGAUCAGAGGAGACCCGGCGCCUGCAGGGUGGUGCGGCAUAGACGCCAGCAGCGGCGCCUGGCUGCCCCAAGCGCCCGGCCCAGCCACGCCCGCACGACUCCAGGCGUCACCGCCACCCUGGGGCCGCAGGGCUCGGAUCCGGGACGCCCGAGCCGCUCGCCCGUGCCCCGGGCAGCUGUCUCUCUCCACGCCCCGCAGCCGCGCUGCGUCUUCCGCCGGCCUCCCGGAGCGUCCCGCCGUCGCAGGCGCCCAGGCCAAGGGCAGGACCAAUGUGGCGCCGCCCUGCUGUUGCUGGGGGGCGCCUGCGGCCUCAGUCCCCCGCUCCGGCUUCCGGCUCUCGGCUCUCGGGGCGGCCUCCCUUCCGCCCACGCUCCAGGCCUUCCCCUGGCUCCCGAGCUCCGGAGCUUCCACCACAUCCGGCCGGCUCAGGACGGCCUGUCUUCAAGCUCACUAUUUCUUCUGCUUGAUCCAUUCUGCUAUUAAAUGGCUGUACUGCAUUCUUCAGCAUGCCAAUUGCAUUUUUCAGCUCCAGAAUUUCUGCUUAAUUUAUUGAUUUGUCCCCGGUGCCUUAUUUAGUUCACUUGAUGAAGUCAUGUUUUCCUGGAUGGUGUUGAUGCUAGUAAAUGUUCCUCAUUGUCUGGACAUUAAAAUCUUAGGCAUGCAGCACUAUAUGAGAGGUUUAAAAAAUAAAAUUAAAAAAGAGAAAAGGACAGCACAGAGUUCAGUGCCUCACAGUUGCUGUGGUCUCCCUCCGGCAGAACCCAGAGUGAUCUCUGCACCACGCCAUCAUUGCUGGGGGUGAGGAAAUGGUGGCACCCGUGAUUCAGGACUGUUUUUUCUCUCUCUUCAGUGUCUCUUUCAGUGAUAUGAGGUUAAAACCAGGAGGGACGAGCAGUGGAGCCUUCUUUCUGCCGGCUUGCUUUCCCCUCACACCCAGGAAGCAGAAUGCAGAACUUUUAAUAAGAAAAGCUUUCAGAACUCGGGAAGGACAAGGAAGACAUCCUGGUUCUCCAUGCUUAACAUUGGACUGUUUCUUCAACUUCGGUGCAUGGCACGGACUAACCAGGGAUUAUCAUAGAUCAUUUGACCUGGACUCUGCAGCUCAUUCAAAUUCUUUAUCCAGACAAUUUGAAUACUGGCUGAUUUGGCAUGAAAAUCUGGCAAAGUAUUUUCUUGGUAUUCAAUUGAUUUUUAUUCUGCUUGGGUUAACAGUUUUGUAAACCAGUCAGUCUCUUCAUUAAAGUUCUGGGAAUUCUUACCCAGUUCAAAUAAAAUAAUUCUAAAGUUCUCAAAAA